AUGGCCGAGCAACUCGUACUCCGUGGUACCCUCGAGGGCCACUCUGGCUGGGUCACCUCCCUUGCCACCUCUCUGGAGAACCCCAACAUGCUCCUCUCCGGAUCGCGCGACAAGACUCUGAUCAUCUGGAACCUGACCCGCGACGAGACCUCGUACGGUUACCCCAAGAGGAGCCUCCACGGCCACUCCCACAUUGUCUCCGACUGUGUCAUCUCCUCUGACGGCGCCUACGCUCUGUCCUCAUCGUGGGACAAGACUCUCCGCCUCUGGGAGCUCUCCACCGGUGCCACCACCCGCCGCUUCGUCGGCCACACCAACGACGUUCUCUCCGUCUCCUUCUCCGCCGACAACCGCCAGAUCGUCUCCGGAUCGCGCGACCGAACCAUCAAGCUCUGGAACACCCUCGGUGACUGCAAGUACACCAUCACCGACAAGGGCCACACCGAGUGGGUUUCGUGCGUGCGCUUCUCCCCCAACCCCCAGAACCCCGUCAUCGUCUCCGCUGGUUGGGACAAGCUCGUCAAGGUCUGGGAACUCGCUUCCUGCCGCAUCCAGACCGACCACAUCGGUCACACCGGAUACAUCAACACCGUCACCAUCUCGCCCGAUGGCUCCCUGUGCGCCUCCGGUGGUAAGGACGGAACCACCAUGCUCUGGGACUUGAACGAGUCCAAGCACCUCUACUCUCUCUCCGCCGGUGACGAGAUCCACGCCCUCGUCUUCUCCCCCAACCGCUACUGGCUGUGCGCUGCCACCGCCUCCAGCAUCAUCAUCUUCGACCUCGAGAAGAAGAGCAAGGUUGACGAGCUGAAGCCCGAGUACUUGGAGGUUGGCAAGAAGAGCCGGGAGCCCGAGUGUGUCUCCUUGGCCUGGAGCGCCGACGGCCAGACCCUGUUCGCUGGAUACACUGACAACAAGAUCCGCUGCUGGGGUGUCAUGGCACGGGGAUAA